AAGGCAGCGGUGUGCCGGGCAACAGCGAACGCGCAGUCGGACCGACGUGUGAAAACAAACAUUCGGCUCGACCGAUUGUCGGCGAGCCGUACAAAAUAUAUACAUAUAUAUUCGAUAUCGAUUGAUCAGACGAGAAAACGAAAGAAACAAAAAAAAAAAACGAUAUUAUAAUAGCGAUCCUCUCCGCGUCCGUGCGAGACUUCCGCGAGACAACGAUCGAGCUGAAUACGACGACUGCGACGACGACGACGACGACGACGACUACGGCGAAAUGGACGGCGACGAAAUGGACGGACGGUCUAACCAGCCGAGUUACCCCUGUUGGUGGAAGUCCUGGUUUCCGGUGCCGCCCGACGGCACCGGACGUUCCGGCGGCGACGGCGCGGCCCCGUCGUCCAAGCCGGCCGCGGCCGCGGCGCAACCGGACGAAAUCCAACAGCUGUCGGACGCGGUGCGCCGCGCGCUCGAGUGUCCGGUGUGCAAGGAACUGUCCGGCGCCAUGUCGACGUGCUGCGACAACGGGCACGGGCUGUGCGACGACUGCUCGUACACGAUGAACAGGCUGCACCCGAAGACGCCGCCCAAGUGUCCGCUGUGCCGGUCGCCGCCCGCCCGCCCGGACGAGGACGGCGGCGACGGCGCGCCGGCCGGGGCGGCGCAGGACCCGUUCUGGGAGUUUGCGUACGGCACGUCCCGGCCGCCGGUUCCGGCCUCGGCCCGCAAGCUGCAAGAGUGCAUGUCCGCCAUAAAGGUGACGUGCGCUUACCGGCCGAACGGAUGUCCCGUCCUGGUGUACGUGCUGUCGGCCGCCGCGCACGAGUCGCUGUGCCCGCACGCCCCGCACGUCCGGUGCAUGGUGGCCUACUGCCCGUGGUCGGGCGGCUACGACGACGUGUUCCAGCACGUGGCCGCCGAACACCAGUUCUCCGCCUACGACUUGAUGGCAAACGAGUUCCGGAUGCCGGACCUGUCGUUCGGGCUGCAAGGGUCCAUGCGACGCGCGUACCUGACCAGGAACAUCCGGGACGGCGGCCGGCUGUACUGGGUGUGCGUGGCCCAACCGACGGUGGACGGCCUCCAAGUGGCCGUGCUGAAGGUGUUCGACCCAGACACGACCAUGAAGUACACGAGCAAACCGCCGAACAUGGUGUUCCGGGUGCGGACGAUGAGCCGGACCGGCUGGCCGAGGCAGAGGGGUCGCUCGCGGAGCGUGUGCUGGGACCGGACAAUGUUGGACCGGAUGUCGGGGAUCCUGGCCGACAGCAAGUACCGAGAGAGGGGCUUGAACACGCUGUACACGCCGCCGUGGUGCACUGCGUACGUGAGAAAAGAGAUGCAGUACGAAGCCUCGAUUUCGUGGAGCCCGGUGAACCUGUGAGAGAGCGCGGGUCGGGGGCAGCGGCAACACCGGAACUGCAGAAACGCGGAAACGAAGACUCAACCCCCACCCGCAUCAUACGUGUUUGUUAUUGUUUUUAUCGUUGUUUUUAUGCGAUAGUCGUAUGACAUUUCGUCAAAUUUUUAACUCUGCACCGCCACAAUCAAGGAGGCAAACGGGUGCAACCGUUUAUUAUUGUGAUGUGCCUGCUAUAUAUACGUACAGGAUCGCCGACAGAUAUGAUAAUAUUAUUUGUCUCGAUGAUCUGCUGCCGCCGUCGAAAUCGUCGUCGCAGCGACAAUAUCAAAAUAUAAUAUCGUUUUACCGCCUCGUGCUACGCUCCUCGUCUGGCUUGACACGCGUUUCAGGUGUGUUCGACGAGACGAGAAGAACGUUAUUGGUAUACCUAUCGUUAAACUUUAUGAGUGAUUAUUUUGUUUUUAAGUAUACAGCAUACACCGUUGGCGUAAAUUUUAAUAACCAACA